GUGUAUCCUCAGCGGGGACAGGUGACAGUCCAGAGCUCCUCUGCCCUCCUGAGGAUUCAGUGAGACAGGCGGAUCUGUGCGCCCGACCAUGGCCUUCCCAUCAGCCCCCUCUGCAUUAUGGAGCGUCAGCUUAUUGACAGUACUAUUCGCUGCUGCGGUUCACUGCAACAUCGUCUAUGAUGACGACCCCUUGCAGCCGGUGACCUCAGAUGAGACGGUGUCCGUGGGGGGCACAGUGACAUUGACCUGCAGGGUGGCCGAGAGCGACGGCUCCUCGCUGCAGUGGUCCAACACGGCACAGCAGACCUUAUACUUUGGAGAGAAAAGAGCACUCAGAGAUAACCGCAUCCAGCUGCACCACUCCACAUCCACCGAGCUCUCCAUCACCAUCAGUGACGUGCAGUUGUCCGACGAUGGCGAGUACACCUGCUCCAUCUUCACGAUGCCCGUGCGCACGGCCAAAGCCGUCGUCACUGUACUAGGUGUGCCCGGUAAACCUCAGAUGUCAGGCUUUGAGAAAGCAGUGCCAGAGGGCACCAAAGUCACCCUCACCUGCACCAGCACCGGCAGCAAACCCCCCGCCAGGCUGAUCUGGUACCGUGGAGACCAGGAGCUGGAGGGGCGUCCAAACGUGGUGGAGGCUGUUCCAGACAACCCCACGUACAACGUAAGCAGCGAGCUCACGCUGGAGGUGAGCCGCGAGGACGACAAGGCCGUCAUCACCUGUGCUGUCGACCAUCCGUCUCUGGCCCCCGGGGACAAGAGGAGCGAGCACGCCCUGCAGGUGUUCUAUUCCCCUAUUGUGGAGAUCCAGCCUGGGAGCGAUUUGCCGAGAGAGGGGGAGAAGUUUUAUCUUUUGUGUUUGGGCAACAGCAACCCAGAGCCCAACACCUACAUAUGGAAGAAGAAGGACGGCGAGCUCCCCCCUCUGGCCAAAGCCGACGGCGCUUACCUGCGCUUCGAGAUGCUCAACAAAUCAGAUAAUGGCGUCUACCUUUGUCAUGCGGACAACGGCAUCGGCAGCAGCCAGGGAGAGUACACGCUCCUGGUGCAAGACCCCGUGGACCCAAUCGCUGUGGACGCCACGUUUUCCUCCACGUUUUCCUCCACGUUUUCCUCCACGUUUUCCUCCACGUUUUCCUCCACUGACACUCCAUCAUCUUCAUCUUUCUCUCCCACCUCCUCCAGCUCCAUCUCCACCUCUGAGCCCACACACUCCACCCCUUCCUCCCCCGACUCUCCCACUUCUCCCACCCCCUCUGAAGCCAACGUGUCGACCACCAUCUUUGAUUCCUCCUCCUCCGCCACCACCCUCUCCAACGCUCUCUUCCCCGACCUGCCAUUCUCCCCUUCCUCCUCCCCGACUACCCCUCCUCUCUCCUCUGCAAGCAUCGCACCGUCCCCCUCCAGUCCCUCCUCCUCAUCCCUUACCCCCCCAGUGUCCGUCCAGCUGAAUGGAGUGUACACUUUCACAGAGGCCGCAGACAACAUUGCAGACCCCACAGCCAUGUUGACCUCUUCGGGGGUGGACCACGCCGUGAUCGGAGGUGUGGUGGCCGUCAUCGUGUUCAUCCUGCUCUGCCUCCUCAUCGUCCUCGGCAGAUACCUCAUCAGACACAAAGGGACGUAUCUGACCCACGAAGCCAAGGGCUCGGACGACGCCCCGGAUGCCGACACGGCCAUCAUCAACGCAGAGGGAGGCAACUCCGGAGCGGAGGACAAGAAGGAGUACUUCAUCUAGUCGGAGGAUGAAGCACUGGACGGAAAGAAGCGACGGGAGGAGGAAAAGUUGGCGGACGUGUGUUAGAGGGAAGGUUAGGAGUGAAGGGAAAAAAAAAGAAAGAAAAAGAAACAAUCUCCAUUUUGUUUUCACGACGCUUCAGUUCUUCACUUCGUUGGUGGGGAUGAUGGGAGGGCGAGGAACUGUGAUGAGUUUGAGCUUCAACUGGUACUACCCUCUUUGCAUUGAUACAGGGACGUGAGAUGUUGCACUGACAUACAGAGAAACUGAAGGGACACACACACACACACACACACGCAUGCACACACACAAACACACACACACACAUGCCAGUUUUCACAGGAUUGUUGCUCGUAGACGCUCAGAAUAACAAAAAAAAACAAAAAACGUGUGAGCUUCCUACUAACAUGUCUGAAUUAUGACACAAUUUUACUCUAAGCAUUGUAUUUCUAACUGUCAGAUCCUCGGAAACAAGCGAAAUUGUAACUCACAUUCCGGCAUCCCGACCGCCACCACGUCUCCUUAACAAUUUAACCAAACCAGCUCUGCCCCCCCCCUCACAAUUCUUUUUUUUUAUUCUUCUUAUUCUCCUCAUUCUCUCCAUCUAACAAGGCAGUAAUCUCUCUCUGUAAACAUCCUCGCGGCUGAGAAUCAAACAAUCUCCAUCUCUCUCUCACACACACACACACAGCAGUCAAACGUCAGCUGACACGCCCACAUGCAAUACUCUUGCAAAAAACCACAGCAUUCCUGCCUCGCGCUGCAGAGCAAAGGGUCUUCAGUAUACAUAUAUACAUAUAAUUCUAUAUAUAUAUAUGUGUGUAUAUAUAGAAUUAUAUAGCAUUCUCUCUCCUUGACAGAAGAUGUUUGGUGUGCUGUAAAUAGACUCUCCCUCUGUCUCUCAUUCUUCUGUCUCCCGCUCUCUAUCUCAUGCAGUGUGUUACUGCGUUACAGUAACGUAUAUACAUAUAUACAUAUAAAAAACAAAACACACAUAAAAAAAAGAAGAAAAAAAACAAAAAGCCUGCCUGUUUUUAUUACAUGCGUGGAAAUGCUGAGUUAAAAAUAUCAGUAUCUGGGGAAAAAAAUGUAUAAAAAUAACAACAAAAACUAACCUUAUCUGCAAAUAUUUGUAUGAGGAAUGUUUUCUUCUCCCCCCCCCUUCUGUUCUUUUAUUCCUUUUUUUUCUUUCUUUUUUUCAGGGGACUUAUGAGAGACUUAUUUGCUCUCUUAGUGUGUUAAUGUCAGUAUUAACAGUUUACAGUAUUUAUCAGUUUGUCAGCCCAGGAGUGUGAUUUUUGAGGUUUUUAUGGUUUCAAUGCUGUUUGGGUUUGUUUGCCCCGCGUGACGCCGUUUUGUCCCCCACUUGUUGUGUUUCCCCCUCUCCCCGAAAACUAAACUGUAGCAAAACCAAAAGGCGUCGUCGUCCUGUUUGGUGGAGCGUUCCCUCCUCGGCUCGGGCUGAUCGUACCCCCUCGCGUCCGCCUGUUUUCUCCUGAGAGCAGACGCUGGACUCACUGAGCUGUGACAUCAUGACUUCCUCAAAGAAGCUGGCACUCAGCCGCUGCCUGAGGGAGGAGGAAACGAUUGCUUGCUUUUCCACUACAAGGCCAAACACAACUGCCUACAUGCAUUAUGACAAACUUCCUGCCCAAAAUAACAACAACACCAACAACAACACAAAAAAAACAACCAAGAUCCUUUUUCUGUGAUUGUUCCUUUGUGUGUCCUCUGUGUGCGAGUGUUUCUGCAGCAGGAAUAGUUUGCCAGCUUUCGCAAAAGGUUCCCAUUAAUGAAUGAGUGUUUUAUUAAGGCUGGGAGUUCGCCACAGUCCUGGCAGACUUGGCCCUGUUGUGGAAAUUGAUUGCAAUCUAACUAAAAGGCUCUGGGCUCCAGACUGUUCAAGUUCCCAAGCUUUGACUCAGCGGGCACGAUGCCGAGCUGGAGUCUGUGCCGCACCAACACUGAAGAAAGUCCUUUAGCUCCUUAAAUGUCCUCUGCUCUCCCCUCAUUCCCCUCCUCCUCCCUUUCUUUUUUAUUCUUUAAUGACUCACCCACUCUUUGUCCUGAUCCACCUCCACCCUUGUGUCGAUCUCUCAUCGGCGUCUGAUUCUCUUUGCUGCUUUCUCUCUCAUCCUGGAGUCCAGUGUUGACGUACAGUAGACGUUUGCCGACUUCUGCUGACUAACUGUCUAAGGAGAGAGAUCUGUUUGCUGUUGUCCGUCUAACCUGUAAAGACAGUUAUGUGCAUCUCUUUCUUAUUUUGGGAAUGUUCAGGGAUUUGUGAUUUUUCGUACCUUUCCCCUCAUCAUCAUCAUUAUGAUUGUUGUCCGUCCGUCCGUCGCGACCUUCAGCAGCUGGCUGCGUUUAAAGCAAGCAGCCCGGCUCGUGUGUCUAUAAGCUACUAAAUGAAGUGAAGCAGGGUCAGCCGUCGCCGCCGCCGCCGCUGCUGUUGAGUUUUUCUUUCCUCCUCGAGCUCUUUGGUUGACAUUAAAGGUAAACUUGGCUCAAACCAGGUUUGAAUUGUGUUCGGACGUGCACCAGGAAAACCUGGAGAAUAUUUUAUAAUGCUCAUAUGAUGCUGUGUUUACUGUUGAAAGUAAUCAUGUCUGCAGACCAGAGGACGGGCUUUUUGUCUCACACAGCUCACGGUCCACUUUGAAGCAACUCCGUCAGUUUUGUAUUUAUAACCCGGGCGAAUUGUGCUCUGUGAAUGGAGAACGGAUUAUACAGUACCUGCCUCAUACUCAACAAGUGUAGUGUCUUCUCAAAAACUAAUGGACCUGUAUUUGCCUGUAAUUUAUUGUCCUGUCCGUCGUCUUAGUUAAUGUGCUAGCAUGUAGCUUGCAUGAGAACCGUUUUUUGGAAAUGUAGAUAGCGUCGGGGAUGAGGGGUGACGACAAGAUUCUCUCUCUUGAGACAGGAGCAAAGGUCUGCCCACCUGAGGACCCCACCACCUCCUGCUGUUCUCUGAUCUGCAAACAUUAAGCUGCCGGAACUUAAAGUACCGGGAAUAAAUGGUUCCUGUUUUCCACUGUUGGUGAAAGACCAGGGAAAGAUUAUGCAAAACGUGCGGAACGACCACAACAAGCUGUUCUGCUCCAGUCCACCAGGCGUCAGUAGUGUUAAAGACGACAAUGAUGUCCCUCGAUGAAGGAUAUUUUAAGCUGUGCUGCAGUAAAGAGACAAGCUCUGGCAACAAAGUGGAUCAGAAACACAUAAACUGUUGGGUUUAUAACGUGAGGAGACGGGUGUUUGGUCCUGAACCAUCUCAGAUGUUUUGGGGGCCAAAGCGUUGGUUCUAUACUUCCACUCAGUCCCUGGUAAAGUCCAGUGUCCGUGCGUUAAAAACACCAUUUAAACCCACCUGUGCCUCCGCAGCACGAAACUGAGGCGACCAGUGACAUAGGAAGCAACAUUCUCUCCCUUACCACUGCAACAUUCAAACAUCACACAGCGACAAUGGCACUGGGUGAAUUUGGCUCCAUCUCUUCAGUGUAGUUUCCGCGUGUCCGUGGUGCAGUAAAGACGAGCUGUCACUAGAUGGCAGCAGACAGCAGCUUCUCUUGUCCUUCUCCUUUCAGACUGAGCUUUUCCUGACCCGCCGCUCAACUAUCGCCAACUCCUCUGUCUGGCAGUCGCACACUUGCUGCCACUCAUCGUUUUCUUUCUUUUCUUUUCUUUUUUUUUUGCAGUACAAAUCAUUUUUAAAAUGUUUUGUAAAAGGUGUGCAUAGUCUUAAAUGUGUGGCUUUUCAGUUCAGUUGAUUCUUCUUUUUUAUUAUUAUUAUUAUUAUUAUUAUUAUUAUUAUUAGUUCCUUUCCAGAACUUGAAGGUUAGAAUUCUUUUUUUUUUUUUAGUUGUUUGCAUAUUUUAUUGUUUCAACAACCUUUUUAUUUCCAUAUAAUUUCAUGUAUAUAGAUAGCGCUGCCUUGACUGGAUUCUCUUUCACCCUUAAACAUACACACACACACAUACACACUUUGGGAACAUGCACAUUCACACACAUACCCAGAUAUGCACAGCAGGCAUGGUGUAUUUGUACAUAUGUGUGUUUGUGUAUGAGUGUGUAAUAAUUGACCCAAACAGACUCCGGAGACACUCUUAUACGUGUGUUCUAUGAAUUAAAACAAAUGUUAUGAUUUUGGCGACUGAAAAACAAUGUCUUUGUUUCUGCGCAUUGUUGUUGUUAUUAUUUUUGGAUGACAAGUCUUCCUUUUGAAUCAAUGUCCAUAUCACACAUGAGAAUAGUGCUGUCAUGUAUGUUCAUUUGUAUGAUACGCCAGUGAUGUCAUCGAGGCAAGAGCCAAUCGCUCGCUGUGGUGGUUCUGCCUCUGUUGGCUGUUCUGUUCACAAACCUUUUAUUUUUGUUCCCCCCUUCUUCUUUUUUUGUUAAAAUACCAGUUUUGUUGUUGACUUCAAUAAACAUGCAUUUGGGUUAAUUCCA